AUGUUCACAGUAAGGCUUCCCCUCCUCCUUCACAUUGCUGCAGCUCGACUAAUCAUCUCACCAUUAUUCAUUUUGCUGCUGCUCCAAGCUUGUCGAGCUACUGAUGGCCAGGUGGACUGUGUAGCUUCCUCCUGUGGAAUCAUACCCAUCAUUAAAUCACCAUUCCGACUCAAAUCAGAUCCUGAGAGCUGCGGACACAACAAGUAUACCCUCUCAUGUGAGAGCAAUACAACAGUGCUGUACCUGGGAUCGGCAAGAUACUAUGUACAGGCAAUUGAUUAUAACAACUUGACGAUCCGGUUGGUGGAUGAUGGUGUGAUUGGAAACAACUGCUCCUCCUUGCCCACUCACCCCCUGUCUGAGAGCAGCUUAACUUCUCACCCAUACUCCGCCACCCAUUUGAGAAAGAUGCUAUUAUUCAUGAUUGGAGAAGAAUCCUUGAAUGAAGCUUUGGUUCUGGUGAGCUGCGAUAAUGCUGUAUAUUCUCCACUGUAUCUGCAAACAGCUUCUUGCAUCAACAUCGGAUCGAAGAACUCUUCAAGUUAUGCGCUUGUUGGGAAUGCUGUGGUUGCAUCAGAUUUGGCAGAGACAUGCACAGUGGUGAUGGUGGCUAUGCUACCAAAGACCAAGAAGAAGAAUUACCAGGUUACAUUUCAAGAGGUUCACCAGCAGCUUGAAUAUGGUUUUGAGCUUUCAUGGCAGGAGUAUUCCUGCCCCCACUGCCGUCGCCCAUCCCAUUGCUACCCUCUCAAGUUUGGCAUAUUUCACUGUAAUAAUGCAUAUUAUAACAUUGAGGAGUUCCUCCAGAACCAAACCCUCAUGCCAAUCAGGUACUCUUACUCAGACAUCAAGAAAGUCACCGAAGGAUUCAAGGACAAGCUAGGUGAAGGUGGGUUUGGCUCCGUCUACAAAGCAAAGCUACGUGGUGGCAGCUUUGCAGCUGUGAAGAUACUUGGGAGAGGAGGAAGUGGUGGUCAAGACUUCAUGAGUGAGGUUGCUACCAUUGGUAGGAUCCACCAUGCCAAUGUGGUGAGGCUGAUUGGCUACUGUUCCGAAGGACCAAAGCGAGCUCUUGUCUAUGAGUUCAUGCCAAAUGGUUCACUCGACAAGCACAUCUUUCACCACAAGCAAAGUUCUUUGAGCUUGGAACAAUUGUACCAUAUCUCCCUCGGAGUGGCCCAUGGGAUCGAGUACCUGCACCGCGGCUGCACAAUGCAGAUACUGCAUUUCGACAUCAAGCCCCACAACAUCCUCCUCGACCAAAGCUUCAACCCUAAGAUAUCCAAUUUUGGAUUGGCUCAGUUGAAUCAGCCUGGUGGCGAUCACAGCAUCGCCACUAUGACAGCAGCAAGAGGGACCAUUGGGUACAUGGCACCCGAGAUGUUCUAUAAGAACAUUGGAACAGUGUCUUACAAAGCCGAUGUAUACAGCUUUGGGAUGCUGAUCCUGGAAAUGACAGGUAAAAGGAGGAAUCAGAAUGCAGCGACGGAUCAUUCGAGCGUUUACUUCCCCUCAUGGGUUCACAACGAGGUGUCAACGCCCGGAACUCCGAUUGCAGUUGGAGAAGUCACGGAAGAGGAAGACGACAUUGCCAAGAAGAUGGUGAUUGUAGGACUGUGGUGCAUCCAGACCAAUCCCGCCAACCGUCCUCCGAUGAACAAAGUGGUGGAGAUGCUUGAAGGCGACUUGGAAAGCCUGCCGCUGCCUCCAAAGCCUGUUUUGUAUGCCGGCGAAACUGUAACGAGGAAUGAAGAAGAAUCAUCGACUUCUUCGUAUAUGUCAUCCAUGUGUACACAAUCAAUUAUCAGUACUGUAAGCAAAUAA